GUUCUCACUUCCUUUUCAGUUUUAGGUGUCCUGUCGUGCUGAUCUGCUAUGCGUGGGCUACAGCGAUAAUAAGUUAACUUGUUAGCUAACUUGCCCCUUGAGGGAUAAUUGUUGCAUCAUAAAUCUCCUACUCACAUUACCAAAUUGCACAUAAAUAUUUAGGACAUGCCAAACAUCGUGCUUUUCAGCGGGAGCUCCCACCAAGACCUGUCACAAAAAGUGGCUGAUCGCCUCGGACUGGAAUUGGGGAAAGUGAUAACGAAGAAAUUCUCCAACCAAGAAACAUGUGUGGAGAUUGGGGAGAGCGUGCGCGGCGAGGACGUCUACAUUGUGCAGAGCGGCUGCGGCGAGAUCAACGACAACCUGAUGGAGCUGCUGAUCAUGAUCAACGCGUGCAAGAUCGCCUCGUCGUCCCGCGUCACCGCUGUCAUCCCCUGCUUCCCCUACGCCCGGCAGGACAAAAAAGACAAGAGUCGUGCGCCUAUCUCAGCCAAGCUGGUGGCCAACAUGCUGUCUGUAGCCGGCGCCGACCACAUCAUCACAAUGGACCUCCACGCCUCGCAGAUCCAGGGAUUCUUCGACAUCGCCGUGGACAACCUGUAUGCGGAGCCCGCGGUCCUCCAGUGGAUCCGGGAGAACAUUCCAGAGUGGAAGAACAGCUGCAUUGUGUCCCCUGACGCUGGAGGAGCCAAACGAGUGACCUCCAUCGCUGACCGUCUGAAUGUGGAGUUUGCCCUCAUCCACAAAGAGAGGAAGAAGGCCAACGAGGUGGACCGCAUGGUCCUGGUCGGAGACGUGAAGGACCGCGUGGCCAUCCUGGUCGACGACAUGGCCGACACCUGCGGUACCAUCUGCAAAGCUGCUGAGAAAUUGAUUGAUGCCGGUGCGAUCAAGGUCUACGCUAUCCUCACGCACGGCAUAUUUUCCGGUCCGGCCAUCGCGCGCAUCAACGACGCUCCCUUCGAGGCCGUGGUGGUCACCAACACCAUCCCCCAGGAGGAGAAGAUGAAGUCUUGCCCAAAGAUACAGAUCAUAGAUAUAGCCAUGAUCCUGGCCGAGGCGAUCAGGAGAACCCACAAUGGCGAGUCUGUGUCCUACCUCUUCAGCCACGUGCCCUUAUAAAGGAUGGUCACAAGGAAGAGGUCACAAUGGCCAAUUUAGGCCGUUUCUCUCCUCGUGGUCCAAUCAGCUCGCACCUUCAGUGGCCACGCCCUCCCGGAAGUUCUUAAACCCUGAUGGUUUGGGCCAAUUACACGUGAACGGUUCCUAAAGGCCACGCCCACUUUCCCAGCUCCUUUGUUCCUGUGGAGACCCAAGAAAGAGUAUCACCUCUUUGAGACCAGCAAGUUUCUAUUUAUGCAUAAUACCAUGUUAAGAUUUCCUUAUUGUGUUUGUUUUCAUUAUCAUGCUUUGCCAGCCAAAGGAUCUGGCUGUCAUUUUAACCAAAGGUCCAUUGCCUAACGAUGUUCCUGUUUGUUGUACCUCAUUUUUUUGUCCAUUUCACUAUAAAUGAAAGCAUUCCAUUGUGUGAUGUCACUUCUUGAGUCAUCUGACUGUUCUAACCAGCUCCGUGGGGAAUCUGCAACGCUGCUGGUUUUAGAGGCACUUUUGUUUCAUCAAUAGACGCCGAUUACGAAAUACCAGGGUCCUAUUCACUAGACUCAAAACUGUAGCAAACGGGGAGGGACUAUCUAUCCGAUGUUUUGAUACGGUGUGUGCUAAUCAAUGCCACUCAGGGUUGUUUAGUCAUCAACAGCUGAUUUUUAAUUCCGUUAACCAGCAACAUUUGGUUAGUGUUGGAGUUCAGUUUUUUUCUCCGAAAGAUCCAGAGUAGAGGCUGUAUUUGUUCAACCAGCAGAUACCUACGUAAUGUCUAUAAGCGUCUAGAAUUGUCUCCUUAAAGUCCCAAAAUUGUAUCAUGGAAUUCGAGAGAAUUGUCGUAAGCAUUUCCACAUGUUCUAGUUAAAACACUCUACUUUAGUGCCACGUAACAAGGCCAAAUCUGAUUUGCCAUUUUAGUUUCCUUCAUUUAGUAUGCACCUGGUGGUGCACUCUAGUGACGGACUGGUGUCAUUGCAGGGCCUCAUGCUCACCUUUGUAUUUCUGAUCACAUUUGCUCCAUUACAAUCUUGAAAUUGCUCAUUUACUAAAACUCCAACACCACUUCUAAACUUUUGAAAAACUGGGCAGCAAGAGAUAUCUGAUAGGAUUUCGGCAAUCGGAUAGGAAUAAAUUAAUAGAAGGGGUAUCCACAUUCAAGUCAAUGAUACAAUCGGAUAGGAAUAAAUUAAUAGAAGGGGUAUCCACAUUCAAGUCAAUGAUACAAUCGGAUAGGAAUAAAUUAAUAGAAGGGGUAUCCACAUUCAAGUCAAUGAUACAAUCGCUCUAUUUAAAUACAUUUAAUUCGAUCCGAUAACUUAGAGGGACUGUCCCCAGUUUCUCCAUCAGGUGUAUCCAUCUUUUCAAAGGGUGAUUGGUCAAACAACCCUCACCCAAAAGGUCACGAAUUUCAAAGUUCUACUUUCCCCAUGUCUUAAGUGUUAUCCCCCCCAAUUACUUGUAUCGUAAGUUCUAAUGUAGGAGGGUAACUCCUCAGGGUUCAUUUUCCCCUGUUGUGUGCUCCAAAGGCUGUGUUCAGAAUGAUUUCGCGGAUUGGUUGAAAACUGCUGGUGGACAGGCAGCCACACUUUAGUUUUUUACGCCACCAGGGUUUUCAUUGACAAUAAACUUUGACAGUGACAUCUACAUACUGCUGACUGUCUUCCUUUCUUUGAGGAUCCUCAGAUGAAUUGUUAUAGACAGUACACUGUUAUUUUCCCUAUGGGCAGGAGUUGUGUGAUCCCAUUGGAAGAUGGGAGUAAUUGGGUGGCCAUAUGAGGAACGUGUUGCUACUUACGGCACCAGAAUCUUGUGGCAGUGCCAUGGGAAAGUAAAGGACCUUGGUUGAACGUUUGUCAGUCACACGUCUUAAAAGGGUGAGUUCACCAAACUAGCCAUGCAACACCACCGCCCAACCACCAUCUAGGAUCAGGUCCUCCUUGACUAUGGAAUCUUAUUAAUUGUGAUCUAAAAUGCAAAACUGGUCCUAGAUCAGCACUCCUGGUCUGAGACGCUUUGCCCUGGACUCCCAUCCAAGGACCAACCAGGGUGAAUAUCCUUGUUUAGGCUCAACAUCUUUAAAAAAUAAAACACCUGCCAACAAGGGGGAUGUGGGAUGGUGUGGUUGAUGGCUACAGCCAUAUGUAAUAUUUCAUCUAUAUAUAUAUGACAGUGACAUCUACAUACUGCUGACUGUCUUCCAUAUAUAUAUAUAUAUAUAUAUAUAUAUAUAUAUGCUGCCCUGGUGGGGGACCGUGAUGUCAGUUUUGAUUUAUUGGUGAUGGAUAGUGGCUGAAAAGAUCCAUAGCUGGCACCCACGUGCUUACUAGGUGUUUCAUCUGAACCAGGCCAAACUGUCACGUAACCAUAACAUACUUCACAAAGAGGAUCAUCGAGAAAAUAAGACAAGUGCUAUUAGAUAUUCAUUAAGAAAUGUGAGUUAUAACUAUAGAUUAUUUUUGCCAGUGGUAAUAAUCAUAUGCGUCUGUUUUAUAGAGACCAUAUGACUACUUGCCCACACCGAGUUAAUAGAAGGGACAUGUUCUUUGCUCUCUUAGAAAUGAGUGCAAUAAAAAGUAACAUGAUAAAUACAAUAUGUGGUACGGUACAUACCUCCGUUUUCCGACAGGUGGCGUCUUGUGCAUACUUCUCUCAGCCGUGCCUGAAACUCGGUGAAUAAAGUGAUUUUAAACACAUUUGUGAAAUUUUGGACACAUUUAUCACGUCUCCAUAAUUUGUUCAAAUUCCCGCCGUUGAAAAAUGAGGUUCAAAUGUAAUCUAAUUUUAAUAUACCGUGUGUUUAAUUUCCAAAUCGUUCUUGGAUGGGAGCUGUAUCGUGACGUCAGACUCUGUCAUUUGCAUAUUGCUCAGUAUAUCUCCUAUGCUUGCGCAAAGGCGCGACACAUUGCUGCAACGCAAAGCCUGGAGAAGUACCACUAGUCAAUCAGUCCAACUUUGACACUUCGCGAUCAUGUCUGACAAGCCAAAUCUCGAGGAGGUCGCCAGCUUCGACAAGACCAAGCUGAAAAAGACCGAGACGCAGGAGAAGAAUCCGCUGCCGACUAAAGAAACCAUUGAACAGGAGAAGCAGGCGUCAUCGUGAAGACCAUCCCUCCGUCAUGCACUGUAACCCCCUCCUCCUGCAUUGCCUUCUUUUCACUCAUUUAUUUUUAGCUGUAUAACUUGUCAAGAAAAUCCACACCAACAACACAAAGCUGCACUGCGAUGGAUGACCAUCCAUGUCCAGGCGCUGACCCCACCCCUCCUACCACCUCCACCAAUAGAGGACCAGGCCCUCGCCAGGCCAGGAAUGAGGAAGUACUACCAACCAACCAGAGGCGGUACGGUGGACGGGCCCAAAGGUGUGGGUUGUGGUGUCCAAACAUCAAUACUGGGUAGAGAGGGCUACAGGAUGGGGGCGUGGUCUUGGAUCUAGGAAGUUACAUCCCUCGUUCGACAUCCAAUUUCCUGUGUGGCCUCUUGUCGACCUGGUAACACACGCCUCAAUCGUGUCCGGCUUCUUUUAUUUCAUUUUUGGGGAAAAUGCACAACCUUUUUUUGUUUUUACGCUGGUAAUAUGAUUAACAUACCCAUCAGUUAAUACAAGUUUUCUGUCAGAUAUUUUUUUUUAUCGAACCAAGGAUGAAAAAAUGGAAUCCAUCUAGUCUUCGGAGAUACUCGUGUGGACUUUAUUUACAUUGAUGUUUUCAAAACGUUAUUGUACGAUGACCUUUUUUAUCAAUGUGAUUUGGGAUAGCUUUUUGUGUUGCACCCGGUCUCUGAAUUGUUUAAUAUUGUAAGGAAAACAUAUCAUUACUGGAAAUUAAUUCCAUGUGUUCUGCGUCGAUCAAAUUAUUUGGAGUUUUCUAAAGUCCCAACUCAUGUUAAUCUGCCACAUACCUUUACCAAGAAUGGAAACAGUGAAAUGUUGUAAUAAAAAAAUGUGUUUCUAUGAA